AGGUGCUCCAUUACAUUAAAAAAAAAAAAAAAAAAAAAAAAACCUCACACCCCACUUUUGGUUCGUUGAACAGGAGUGGGAGAGAAACAUGGAGGGCAAACUUCAGGACAUUUCACUUGAAGUUUCGGGCAGACUAAUGGAGCUUGAUGUACGAGAUGGUCAUAUUGAGGUGAAUUUUAAUGGAGAUCUUGUCACACUUAUACGAGAAGUUAGGGAGCUCGAAGCGAUGGGAUUUUAUGUCAAGUGGGAUCUCGUCAGGGCAGCAAGCACAGCAAGGAAAUUCCACAAACAAGGAGUUGUGCUCAAGCAGGUGGCGGCAUUUUACAAUGAGAUUUCUACUCAAAUGAUGCCUUCACAGAAAGCAAUGAUGCUCGAAGAUGCAAUCCGAUUCGAAGCCGUGCUGAAAAACCCGCGCGAUGGGUUGGGAGCAGCGAUCACCUGGAACAAUCUCACGGCCCUGCAGGGCUACAUAAAAAUGUUGCAGGAGGCUGCAAAAGCGCUGACUGACAAGAACCGCAAGCUCCGAAAGAAACACAGCAUCCCAGUGGGGUUCCCAGGGGUAAGCGACUGUUCGGAUAUCUUUCAGCACAUUGUGGAUGACCCAUCGCUUGCUCCGACGGUUGCAGCAGUAUUCGAGAGAGCCGAGGUCACUUUUGGAAAACUUUUGGUGGAGCAAAAAAGGAUGUCGGAAUGGCUUGCUUUGGGUACUGUUGAUCUAGAAGAAUUUCUGGAUGCAAAUCUGGAGGAUGUGGCAGAAUGGGAACUGAACUUCGCAAUGCUAAAGUCUCGCGCCAAGGACAGCGAAAAAAUACCUCCAGUCAUUAAGGUGGAUUGCUACACUGUGUCCACACUUUUGGUAAAGUCGAGCUUGGAGGAACAGAUGCAGAGACUCCACGAGGUGCUGUGUAUGUCUCUCCGUCGCAAGGCUUCCAAAGAUAGAGAGGCCAUAGAGAAAUUUCUUGCGGAGGGGAAAAGUGUUUUGGAGGCUAAGGCAAACAGUGUUGAGGAAAUCGGAAAAGCAAGAGAAGCAGCAGCCAAACUGGUGGAAGACAUCCCUCAUGUGCUUGAAAUUCGACGAAAGUGUGAGGAGAAAAACAAGCUGCUUCGCCACGUAAGCUUUGGUCUGACAGCUGGGGGCUCGAUCGCUGCUGUUCUUCCAGUUGACAUAUCCACUCUGCUUACGGAAUGGGAAACGUUCACGGCCCGAUUGUCCCAGCAUGAGGCUCACUUGACAGAUCAGAAGAAUCAUUUGAAAAUCAAAUUACAGAAAGAAGCAGCUGAACUUGUGGAGCAAGUGGAGGCAUUUGUUGCUCGUUGGUGGAUCAGCAAGUUCAUAAACGGCAGCAGGCGAGUGUUUUUCAAAUGGCGGGAUGAGUUGAGGGUUCUCUAUGGUGGACUCAUCCCACUCUUCGAGGUCCCGCCAACAUUUGCUCCUCGGCUUGUGGCAUGUGAUCUUGCUGCUCGAUUUGUUGUUGCCAAUAUAUUUGUCGCUCUUCCUGUUGUUGCUGCAGGACUUGCUGUUGUUGGCAGCACAACUGUUGUUGCCAAUGCAAGUCCAGGUGUUGGAGGAGCUGUUGCUGUUGUAUCAUCCUCUGUUGGUACUGUUGUUGAUGAUAUUGUGCGAGUUGAGCUUGCAAUAGGAGGUGGUACUGCUCCUCGUAGACUCUCUGUUGCAUGGCUUGUUGUUGUUGAAAGUGAUGAGCUUGUUGUGCCGUUUGGUUUAGCACUUGGAUUUGUGCAUGGUGUAUGCUAUGCUGGUCUUGCCUCGGGGGUUGCUCCUGCCAUGCCAGCAGCUGUUGUUCGUGUUGCCAUGUUUGGAGCUGCUGCUCAAGUUUCAGUGUGUGCAGUUGUUGUUGGCCCAGGAGAGGCAUUUCCAGUUGAGGCUGUUGGUCUCCCUGGUGUGUCAACUGUUGGUAUGUGUGGUGAGUGUUGUCUUCCGUCUGCUGUGUGGAGUCCACCGGGUGGUCCCCGGGAGGCUGAGGCAUUCCCAUAUGUGGCUGUUGUUUGCCCUGGUGUGUCAACAAUUGGUGUUGUUGCGGCUGUACAUCCUCCAUGCAAUAGUCCUCGAGAGGCUCCAGGGACGGCAACAGUUGCUGACGUUGCUGCUGGUGCGGUUGCUGCUGGGUAUCCCCCCUGUUUUGAUUUUGGGUCAAUAGUUGGGGAGGACACUGCUGUCGAGCUUGGUCUCGAGAUUGCUGCCCCGGAGGGUUGUCUCGGUGCAACUCUCCUGGAUUCAGUUCCAGUCUUAUCUUGUUUCUUUCUGUUGCCCGUUUUUCUGUUCUUUUUCGGGGGGCCGGCGGGGGGAGAGGGAGGGAAAGAGCACGUGUGCAUGUUUGGGUACAAACUUGCCACUUUCUAUAUCAGGAAUGAUUUCAAGCCAAAGGGGAUCACAACCACCAAGCCUGAGAUGAUUCUCAGUAAGCUCGAGGACUACGUCAGCAGUCUGGCCGAGUUGGAGGGAGAAAUUGAGAAGACGACUCGAGGGUGCCAUGCACUUGGCCUUGAGGUCUCAGGGCUUGACAAGCUGACAGCCGUGAACGAAGACAUCAAACAGCUACAGGAGGCUUGGAGACAUUUCAAGACAUUUAGUGCUGAAAAAAAGGAACUAGCAGCGCGUGAUUGGAUAAGCCUAAGGAACAGACUUCACACUGUUGACGACUUCCUCUCGGACUGGACGGAGAGGGCAAGGAGCUCAAACACAAAGGAUGGAGUCUUCUAUGUCAUACUUCAGGAGGUUGAUAGGUUCCGGAAAUGCCAACACAUUCUGCGAUUCAUUCGUGGAGAAGGGUGGGAGCGACAUCACUGGGCGCAAUUGUUUGUGAUAAUGGGCUUCCAAAUCAAGAUACAGAAGUGUUAUGAAGGGAACCUGUCUCCAGGGGAGCAGUGGCUGAGGCUCUUCCAGCCCUAAUGGGAAGAGGCGUGUGUAUUAGUGUUGUAAUCAUUGCUAUAAUUGAAGCCUUGGGAACUGGGCCCUUUAAAA